UGGACACUAGAGAGAAUGCAGGUUAAAGACAUGAAGCUUUGACUUCACUUUACGUGACGUUAGUGCACGUGAGCACUCAUACAGCGGUUUCAAUGUCGAGCCCUCAGGUAGACAGUUAGCUCUGUCAGCACUGUUGCCGUUGUUUGCGCUGUUAGCACCGUUAGCUGCUAGCCGCAGGCUCAGCCUUCGCCAUGUUGAGAGCCGUGUGGAGGCAAUCGAUAUGUUCUGAACUGUAUUGAGAACCUUUAACUGUCAUCUAACUCUAGAAAUCUGUCUGUGUGUCAUUCACAUAUGUCUAGAAACACUCAUCUGAUCUGCUUCACACUUGUUGGGUGUUUUGCUUUGAGUGUUCUCUCGAAUUUGGUGCAAUUUAGACUAAAUAUUAACUUUGGAUGCUGGAUAUUCUAAAGUUACAACCAAACUCGGCCGUGAGCCGAACAAUAGGGCCGCUAUGAACGAGCUGCUAAAAUAAAACACAACGUGUUAGCUUCAGAUUCACACUGAAGUUUCUCUCUCUCACACGGAGAGGAAGGUUUCUUUUACACAAUGAACGGUCGUCAGAUUACAGGUUACUGAUCUCGAUCCUUCUUCCUCUUUUGUCUCAACGUGUUUUAUUCUUUCUUCCUCUCACAGUUUGACUCUGUCAGCACACUGACCUCAGAUCUGUUUUCAGACUGAAAAUAACACUUUCAGAUGCUGUUUGGUGCAGUUUCUACUUAUCUUUUAAUGUUAAUGUGUUUGUUUGUUUGUAGUUAUUGUACAUAUCUGACAUUAAAAAGUAGAAUAGAAUUAUAAUUUUGACCACAAAGACACAGAAAUGACUUACUGGGAGCAUGAAGUCUUUUAUGAAAACGGUUCUGUCUUUGUCUUUGUGGAGAGGAAUGGAGGGUUUUCCCAUAGACUUCAAAGCAGUCACAGUUUGAUCACAGCAAACGUUAGAGGAACUGCAGCCAAACAGAGACGCAACUAUUUAAAGUGACAUCCAAGUUGUCUCGUAAGUUAUUGAGUAACAUUAAACGUCUUAAACUUUAUAGCUUUUGAAGAAAUCAGUGAAUAUAAUUAAUGAAACUCAUUAAGUCUCUACGUUGAUGCAGCUUCUUUACUGAAGUUGCUGCAUUAUUUCAACAUGAAACCACAAUGAGAUUUUUCUACUGAAAGCUUCCCUUUUCCCCAAAACUACAUGCGAGUUACAAAAGGACAUCGUUACAACACUUGAAACGUUUCUUUCAGGUGAAUAUUAUCUGUUGUUUUAGAGGCAGUUUCUUGAUUUUUCUGUAAUUAUUUUAAGCCUCAUACAUCUCUUUCAGUCAGUUUAUUCUGACCGUCCUACUCACUCGAGCACCAAAUGUGGAUUAAUCCGCCGCUGAAAAUAGUCCCGAACAAAUUCACUCCUAAAAACUACAGUGAGCAGCUGUUUUAGGAGAUUACUGAAGAAACUAUAUAUUUGUGUUUUUAAAGAUGAAAGGAACCAAAGGUGCUGGAGCUGAGAGCCAAAGACAGAGUUGUACUUUAAGUGAAGGAUCUGAAUAUUUCCUCCGAGGUCACAGUCCUCCUCACGCCGUCACGUCUCAACGAUAUGAAGGAGAGCAGAGUCAGCAGGAGAAAGUGAGAUCACAGGUUGAAGCUUCCAGCAGGAGUGAGAUCAGCCGACCUCCGCCCAGAGAGAGAGAGAGGAGGGUGGGGUCGGCCUCCCCAGAGUCUGGGUUGAGCCACUUUCUCUAUCCAGACAUCUGGAGAGAGACGCGACAGAGUCACUAUGUUACUGUUCACAACUCAGAGUUAUGUUCAUCGGAUCACUUUCUCACUGUUAUUUGUCCUUUAUUACACGUUCCCUCUGUAGCGGCACAAAGACACAGAAAACUCAAACUAAGACUGUGAAACAGACUUUUACUGACACAGAUCCAACACUCUGGCAUCAAAACGCUUUUUCUUCUUCUUCGCUGGUUUUCAAAGAUGUUGCACUCAGACUGACAGGAACAUAACUUCUGGGUCAACAUUACUUUAGUUAAUCAGAUUUUUGAGGCUCAGACGUGACAUAAUCUGCGGGGCAUGGACAUGACAUCAGGGAGCAAUUUGGGUAAUUCGGACACAAUCUUGGUGAUUCUGGCACGAUCUCAAGGACUCAAGCAUGACUUGGUGACUUGAACAUAGACCGGGUGUCUUGGUCUUGACCUGCAUGACUUGGAUAUGAUCUAGUGACUCGUCCGUCAUCUUUUUGGCUCAGACAAUCUGGAGGACUCAGAAAUGACCUUUUCUGACUUGGACACGACUCUCUUGACGACUUGGACACAACUCUUGGUGACUCGGACAUGACUUGUGUGACUUAUACAGGACUUGGACGACUUACACAUAAAAUGGAUGACUCAGAAAUUAUGUUGGGGACUUGGACAUGGCCCUGGUGAUUUGGACAUAAUCUUAGUGACUUGGACAUGGCUCAGGUGACUCGGACAAGGCGUUAGUGACAUGAACAUAAUCUGGAUGACUCAGUGAUGACCUUGUGUGACUCGGACUUGACCCAAGUGACUCCAGCUCAAUGACUUGGUGACUGGGAUAUCACCUCAGAGAUUCGAACAUGAGUUGAUACCCAGAACACGACCCUGGUUACUCGGACAGGAUAUGGACGACUUGGACAUAAUCUGGAUGACUCAGAGAGGAACUUGGAUAAUUUGGUAACUUGGACUUGACCCUGAUGACUCUAGCUUAAUGACUUGGUAACUGGAACAUCAUCAGAGAGUGGAACAUGAGUUGGUGCCCUGAACGUGACCUCGGUGUUGUGAAGUGGAGCUUCUACUGACGACCAAGACACGUCUGGGUUUGAACGGAACACGUUUACUGUCUGAAACUGCAGUUACAACUGUUACAGUGAACAGAGUGCGAUCUUGCACCCGACAUAUAGGUUUUUUCUUAUCAUCAUCAUUGUUAGCAUCAACAAGACACGUACCAUGCUACUUCUCGCUCCUCAAAGUAAAAGCACUUCCUGUUUCAUGCUCUUCACAAUAAAAGUACACAUGCAAUCAAUCAAUUUACACUCGGUGACUUGGACUUGAACGUCCACGACUCUGGACUCGAGGUUCACUGACCCGACAGCUGCACCACAAAAGAGGUUUUGUCCUCCUGGAGGAGAAACAAAUAAUAGAAAUCUAAACAGUCGUCUUUCUGUCACAUAAAUGUAAAUACAGUUUUGACUGACUGACUGCGUGUGUGUGUGAGCAGAUUAACAUCUCUGUUUUGUUUGGAGACCGUUUCCUUCUGCAGCGAUCAUUUCCAUAAACACAAAUACUGACCUCCCCCCUCUAUCCCCCCCUCUCGCAGUCAGACGAUGGGACGUCCCGUGUCUCUGAACAAACUGUGUUGACUGAAGGAAACUGAAGUGUCUCUGACAGCCGGAGCAACGAGUGAACCAAUCAGAAUCACUGAAGGUAAACUCGGACAGGUUGCUGAAGGGUCAGAGGUCAGAGGUCGUCAUGCAGAGUAUAAAGUGUGUGGUCGUGGGUGACGGUGCUGUGGGGAAGACCUGCCUCCUCAUCUCAUACACAACCGGAGCGUUUCCCAAAGAGUACAUCCCCACUGUGUUCGACAACUACAGCAGCCAGGUGACGGUGGACAACAGGACCAUCAGUCUGAACCUGUGGGACACGGCGGGUCAGGAGGAGUACGACCGGCUGAGGACGCUGUCCUACCCCCAGACCAACGUCUUCAUCAUCUGCUACUCCAUCUCAAGCCCCGCCUCCUACGAGAACAUCAAACACAAGUGGCAUCCUGAGGUGUCUCACCACUGCCCCAGCGUCCCCAUCCUCCUGGUCGGCACAAAGAGCGACCUCCGGAACGACGGCGAGACCCAGAGGAAGCUGAAGGAGCAGAACCAGAUGCCCGUCAGCCACCAGCAGGGCGCCGCGCUCGCCCGCCAGAUCCACGCCGUGCGCUACCUGGAGUGUUCGGCCCUGAACCAGGACGGCAUCAAGGACGUGUUCGCCGAGGCCGUGAGGGCCUUCCUCAACCCGACGCCCGCCGUGCAGAAGAAGCACUGCGUGCUGCUGUAGGGCGGAGCCAACAAAACGACCACGCCCACAAAACGACGGGUUAACGUGGCAACGCCGCCUGAGAGACUGUUGGGAUGAAUCGAUGCUAAACAUGUGUCUUUUUAAUGUUUGGUUAGAAUUUUAUCUUUGGUUGUUUUGGGCUCAGUGUUCGAAGUACGGGGAAAUUUAUGGGUCUAAGUUUGAGGUUUUGUUUUGGGGGAGGGGGGGGGGGCAUUAAUUUAAAGCAUUUCUGAUGCUGUAAUGAACUAUAAUAAUUAAAAUCUAAAUGAAACUCCACUGUGUCGGUUUAAAUGUUGAUGACUUCUCAUAUUAUUUGGUGUCUUGUGGUAAAGUUUAAGGUAAAUUAAAGUUACUGUGAAGAACUUU